AUGGAAGCUGGAGAGUUGGUUCCUCUAGAAGUUGUAUUAGAUCUGAUCAAAGAAGCGAUGCUCAAAGAUGUUGCGAAGUCUUGCAAAGGAUUCCUGAUAGACGGUUAUCCCAGAGAGGUGAAGCAAGGCGAACUGUUCGAGGAAGAAAUUCAAGAAGCACAGUCGGUCAUCUUUUUCGACGUGCCCGAAAAGGUCAUGGUUGAGCGACUUUUGCAUCGAGCUGAAACCAGUGAGCGUGCCGACGACAACAUGGAAACGAUAAAGAAACGUCUGAAGACUUUCUCUGAUGCCACUGCUCCAGUCGUUGAAUACUACGAAAAGAAGAAAAAACUCAUUCAGAUCAAGGCGCAGGGCACCGUGGAGGAAAUCUUCGCCAUGGUUGCGAAGCAUCUCGACGUUGCGUUGGCGACUGUCUGA